AAGUACACGCAGAAGAUUUUAAGAAGAGAGAAAAAACGGAGGUACAGAUAAAGUUUACUGACACUUCUCACUUAACAGAGCAGCAUUACUUAGAAAAAAAGGCUUGCGGGAGUAUUUUUAAUUCAUACAUUUGCCUAUGGCUACAUAAGGAUUUCUCAAAGAAAAAAAGCAUGGCAGGAAGCCCUGAAUGCCACUUUUCUGUCUGGGCAAUUCUAGCCUUCUUGGGCUUAGCUCUGACUAUAUCGCUGAUCUUCAACAUUUUCCACUACGUGGAAAAGCAGCGACAAGAAAAAAUAUGCGCAUACUCCGACGACUACUUUCCCAGGGAAGAUGAGUAUGAUCUUGAAGAUGCACCAAUUUAUGGUAACGUAGAUAAUGUGGCCUUAGAACCAGUGGAUGAAAACUGCUACGAACAGAUGAAAGCACGACCAGACAGAUCUGUGAACAAACUGCAAGACGCCCCACGUUCUCAGGAAACUGAAGUAAGGGUGUGCUAUGCCUCACUAGAUCACAACAAUGAGGGGAAGCGAAGAAAGCCCAAGAAACAGAAAACUCAUUUGUCAGACAAGGAUGGAGAGGGGCAGAUGCAUGCAAUGGAUAUCAGCCUUUCUAAGACCACUUUGGUGGACAGUUUCCCACCGGAAAGCGAGGCAAUAGAGGAAAACAUUCAUGAUGAUCCCAUCAGGCUGUUUGGAUUGAUCCGUGCACAGAAGGAAAGUUUACACUCACUGGACUACGAUCCAGCUCAGUGAACUGGCUCUUGCUGGACGCAUUUGUCAAAGAAAUGAAGACCCAUUCGACACAGCAUGACUUGUCAGGGUGAUGAUCUGAUUGUCUGUUGGUGGGAUGGUCGCGUACCUUUUAUCCAGAAGUUAUGUUAUGCAUGCCAAAUGGAAUACCAUACACAUUAGCUAUUUAGUUAUUUGAAUUCACUUAAAAAACACCUAUGUAGUCAAAUGUGAAUAAAAUAAAGUUUGCAGAUUGAUCCUGAUAGAAGCUAUAACUUCAGAACAAUGCUCAGGAUAUAAACCUGCCCCGAAAAAAGGUUUUAAGCAUAUGUUCUUGAUCAUGUUGAAAGAAGUCAAUAUUUUUUGUUUUUAAAGUUCUCCUUUCUGAAUGUGAAAUACCCCAUAAUUGGAGGAAAUUUCUGAUUGAAAGGCAUGAGAGGCAUUUAAACUUAUUUCUAAGAGUAGAGGGGUAGGCUUCUUAAUAUUUUCCACAAAUGGAAAUUUUAGUUCUAGAAAUUAUAAAAAUUAAUGCAUACUCCUUAUGACAGUAAAUAGUAUCAAAAAUAAUUUAGAUAUUCCACUAGCCAGAGAUAAUUGCUAGGAUCAACUUUCUAUAUAUUCUUUUAGAUAUUUUUCUCAGUGUGACCAUACAUAUACCCAUAUAUAGGCCCACUAGUUUUUUUUUUAAACAAAAUAGAAAAAGGGGGAAUGAUGAUUGUACACAUAUUAUUUAAACUUUUUUCACUUAAUAUAUCAUAAAUUUCUUUCCACUGUUAUUUUUAACUAUAACUAUAGUUAAUAAUUUUAAUUUAAUGACUGCAGAGUAUUUCAUUGAUGAUUGUACCAAAACUUAAAUAAUUUUGAAGUACAUUUAGCUCAUUUCCAAUCUCUGGGUUUUUGCUUUUACAAAUAACAUUUUAAUGAGAAUCCGUCUUUGCACAUGUUUGGUACUGGUCUGACUUUCUUGUGGCUAAAUGUCUAGGAAAAGGAUUGCUGCUUUAAGAGGUGUGCAUUGUAUAAGGCUCUAUAGAUUAUAUUUCUGAAAGGCUAGCAGUUAGGUCAAAGUGUGUGCCCUAUUUAAACGCUAAUAAGUGCUCUUAAAUUGCUCUCCAAAAUUUUUUUUCUAAAAUGCUUUCUCUCUUGCUCCAUUUGGAGUAGACAGUUGGGUCAAAAUCACUGAACAAAAACAUUAUACGUGACAGCUAUUGCUCCUGCCCUCUGACUAGAGCUUAGAAGAUUUUAGUGACUCUUCAAUUAUCUGUGGCGCUCCUGUGGCAGUUGAUGCCGUCAGUUAAACAAUGAUGAUGGAAACAGGCUCUGCACCCAUUGAACUAGGCUAGGAUAGAAGAUGAGCAUUAGGUUAAAGAAAAGUGUGAAGUG